GACGCGGGCGAUGUUGAUGACGUCGGGAGAGGGAAAUCUAAAAACACCUCUCCGUUCAGACUGGACGGUGUUAAUGUGAAGUUUAUCUGAAACAGCCGUGGUAAAGUGGACGACAGUUGUUAGAGCCGGAGAGACAAUGCAGAGGGCUUCCCGAUUGAAGCGCGAGCUUCAGAUGCUGAGCACCGAGCCCUCUCCCGGGAUAACAUGCUGGCAGACCGAGGAACAGAUAGACGACCUCCGGGCACAGAUUGUUGGUGGAACAGAGACUCCAUACGAAGGUGGAGUUUUCUCUUUGGAGAUCAAGGUCCCAGAGAGGUACCCGUUUGAGCCUCCCAAAAUACGAUUCUUGACCCCCAUCUACCACCCAAACAUUGACAAUUCAGGACGUAUCUGCCAUGAUGCUCUCAAACUCCCACCAAAGGGUGCCUGGAAGCCCUCCUUAAACAUCUCCACAGUGCUCACCUCCAUUCAGCUACUCAUGGCUGAGCCCAAUCCAGACGACCCACUGAUGGCUGAUAUUUCAUCAGAGUUCAAAUACAACAAACAGUUGUUCACGGAGAAGGCCAGGAAGUGGACACAAGAACAUGCUGUUCAGAAGAACAUGGGAGUUGUGGAUGGCAACAAAGAAAAUACUCUAGAUCAGAAAGCUUCAUCCCGCAAAAGAGAGGCUUUUGGUGCACAGCAGGAGGCGGAGGAGCCAGCAAAGAGAAGCUGUAUGUAGAUUUUGUCGUGCUUGUUAGAGCCGCAGGUCUCUCUUCUCUGCGGCCACGUUGCCUUAUACACCCAUUUACUUUUAAAGAGUUUGAUUUUAAAUGUUUAUGUAGUGCUAAUAUCUAUCUCACAUAUCUACAUAUUUAUAUGUAUAAUUUUUGUGUCUCUGUUGUAAUAUUAAAGUUUAUUUUGAACAA